UAGAGAAAAAUUUGAUAUUGCUCAUACGUGUUUAUAUCAAUGAGUAUUCAAAGCAAAGUAGUAAUAUCGAAUAUGAAUUAGGAUUUUUUGUUCCGAAAAACUUGACCAAUAACUUAUUGAAUUUAUUUAUAAUAAUUAUGUUUAAAGUGAUAGGUGAUCUAAAAUGUGAGAUGAUGAAAUAGUUUUAAACGAGUACUUUUUUCAAUUCAUUUAAGAUUGUAUUGUUGUUAUUAUAUUUUGUCAUAUUGGACAGUAUGAAUCAAAUUGAAAAUUGGUUGUGAUGAGUGCGUCCCUGUUGACAAUGAUACAUAAAUAGUGAACUUUAAAAAAAUUAUGGAUAUAUGUGAAACUUCUCUUGGAAUUAUUAAACAUGUUGAACAUAAUUGAUCUUCCUGAUAUUGUGCUGGAGACUGUUCUCUCUAACCUUACUUACGAUGAAAUUUCUAGAUACAGAAUCGUAUGUAAACAAUUUGAUCGAAUUUGUAAAAAACUACUAAAUCGUGGUUUCAAUCUUAUGGAAAAAUAUCAUGCACAAUGUCUACGUGCAGUAAAAAGUCAAUUACCACGUAGGGAAUCUGAACGAAGAAGUCAUCCCUUAGCACGUCAUUGUGGAAUAUUAACAGCAAUAGAGACAAGAAUAUCAAUGUUAUCAAUGACGUUUAUCAAAUAUGUGGACUUAAACUUAUGUUGCUUCAUUCCUGGAAAAGUAAUCGAUGAAAUAUUUCGUGUUCUUCGUUUGAUUCGUGAUUCAAAGACUCUACCUACACCACAUGAAAUAUUGCAAGAAUUACGUGAUAUUAGUAGUAUGGCUAUGGAACACUUUGAUGAAAAAAUUUUACCAGAUUUAAAACAUAGUACUUGUACAUCUGUUGUUAGUAAUGUGGGUUCUUAUGAAUUGCCUAGUGGAAGUUCAAUAAUUUCACAUCAUACUACAAGUUCAAAUAAUACUACAUUAUCGCAUAGUUAUAGUACAGAAAAAUUAAACCAAACAUUUAAGAAAAUUUAUAGUCGUACUAAAAGAAAUAAAAUUUCUGUAACAUUUGUAAAAUUUGAAAUAACUAAAAUGAAAUUAAGAAUGAGAAAACAAAUGAUUCAAAUGCGAGUCCAAAAUUUGAAACUUCAAAAGCAAGCAAAAAAGAUUCAUGAUCAAGAUACACAGUUGGCAGAAAUGAGAAAGCAUCUGGAAGAAUGGAAACAAAAAAUGGGUGAUUUAACUGCUGAAUUAAGUAGGGCAAGGGAAGAAAUACAAAAGCCUGAUUCUAUAGACACUUGCAAAAGAAAACAUAUUGAUAUUAUCAAUCAACGUGACUUUGAUUCCCUUCAAACGAAAGAAUUAAAAGCUAAAAAGCGUAAAUUAAUUGUAGAAAGAAAACCUUCAAAUGAUGCAAAAGAUGUCAAAUUUAAAAAGUUUAUAUCAGAUCUUCUUGCAGGAAAUGCAGUAGAGGGAUACCCAUCUACUUCACACUAAAUCUUUUCUGUAAAUAGUAAGGUCUUGUUCAAAGGCAUGUUCUAUUAUAAUAUUGUUAAUUUUAUACUGUGCAUUUUGAGUUAUUAUUUAAUAAAUAUAACCAAUUAAAUUUAUACAUAUUUACAUUAUGUUUAAAUUAUACAAAUUUGUCAAAAAUAAGUAAUACAGUAUUUCAUAAAUUUAAUCAUAUCUCGAAGAUAUUUAAAUCUCAUAUAUUAAUAAAAAAAAGAUUUAUCCCUUCUAUACUACAUUCCUGGCAUAUAAUUAAUAUUCUUAUAGAUCAGAUCAAUAAUAAUCAUAUCUUUCUUUGAAGAGUAAAAAUGUGAUAAACUGUAUUAUAUAGAAAAAAAAAUUGGAUGGAUUAUAGAUAACUCUAACAUAGAUAUAAGGAGUGAAUGUACAUUUAAACUUUUCAAAAGAAUUAUAAAGUACCAUAUUGAAAUGAAA